AUGCUUGGUCGGCACCAAGGCAAGAAGCGCACGACCCCACAGGACGCGCGAGGCCGGCGGCAACGGGCCGCAAAGGAUGCGCACGACAACGACAGCGACGCACCCACGACGUGCAUCCGUGGCGACCACCGCUGCCGCCGCCGCUGCAAGUGCUCAACACAUGGCUGA